CGGAGAUGCUGACUCGGCGCACACUACCCAUCGCCCACCGCACCAUCGCAUUUUGCUUUAGAACGGCCAUGUCGUCCAACGCAACAACCAUCGCGACGCCGUCGACGACGCUCACAGAGACGCCGGCAGCACUCAAGGUCCUCCCCCACAACCAGUACGUGACCCCGGACGCAAUCUCCCCCGCGACUGUCAGGCCCAACCCGCUUGAUGAGUUCCAUGCUUGGUUUCGCGCUGUUGCUGCAAGCACAGACCCCGUCGUACCGGAGCCCGAGGCGAUGACCCUCGCUACCGCGACUCCAGACGGCAUCCCCUCAGCUCGCGUAGUCCUAUUCAAGGAACUCGAUCAGCGAGGCUUCGUUUUCUAUACUAACUAUACCAGUCGCAAGUCCAAGGAGCUCCUAGCCAACCCCCGCGCCUCCCUCGUUUUCUAUUGGAAGGAGCUGCACAAAUCCGUGCGCAUCCUCGGCAACGUCGAGAAGGUCGACAGGGCCGAGAGCGAGGCGUACUUCCGCUCCCGCCCCGCCGGGUCGCGCGUCGGUGCCUGGGCCUCCCGCCAGUCCACCGUCGUCCAGGAGGGCGAAGUGCAGGCACGUCUGCAGAAGCUGCGCCAGCGCUUCGGGAGCGACGACCCCGAGAAGGACCCCGAAGACGUUCCCUUGCCCGACUUCUGGGGCGGGUGGCGAGUGGUGCCGUUCGAGGUCGAAUUCUGGUGCGGCAAGCCCUCUCGGUUGCAUGAUCGCGUGCAGUACACGAGGAAGGGUGAUGAGUGGAUUAUCGAGAGGCUGUCGCCUUAGUCGGCCAUCCGGGAAGCAAGGGGCGGCCUUCGCGGGCGUAGACGGUUGCAUUUGCGAGCCUGCGCCGUUCCCAGUCAGUUCAAGAGUCUACCGACGGUCGGGCGCAGCUGGUACAACUACUAAAGCUGACGGAUAGUGUACACGGAAAAUAAGGUGUGUAAAGGAAAUACAGAAGGAAAAUGUAACUUUGUUGUAGGAAUAUGGAACCGUAGAAUAACAAGAUGACUCUCCACUCGCAGUUCGCCCGCGUCUCUCCCAUUUUCUCCCUCGCGUGCGACGGACUCGUCUAAGAAGGACGUCCGCCUUGGGCACGUAAUGCUCAACUCAAACCUGCUCCGACCCUCGGCCUGAUCAGCUCUUCCGCAUAUACUCGCCGCUUCCCUUCCCAAUCAACGUAAAUCCGACCUCGCCUGGAAG